AGAAGAAACGGUAUUUGUGCCCAUCGAAGUCCGUAUGGAGAAAGCACUUCUGUAUCUUUUCUCUAGAUUUCAGACAAUUUUCCAAUGAGACUCAUUUACUGCUACGGAAUGAAGGGCAAACGGGAGAAAAUCCACGUGACCUUCUCAAAGCAAAGGCAAAAGCUGCAUAUAAAAGGGCGGCUUUGCUUGCGGUCGACACAUUCGCUCGUCCGCCGAUCACGAUGAAGUUCUUGGUGUUGUUGGCUUUGCUUGCUGCGGCUGCUGGGGAGCAUUCCCACGGCGGACACGGGCAUUUCCCUCACGGUGGGCAUACCCACUUCCUUCCUGUCAGGCAUGGAUUCAGACACACCACCUCUACCUUCCCGCACCGACCACGCCCCUUCAGACCUUCCACCCUACCCGUGGCACCUGUGCAUCCUGUGGUGCCCCAGCCACCUGCCUCGGGCGUUGCGGUGGACGACAGGCUGGACGACAGCGAGUACCACUUCUCGUGGCGCCAUGACGGCAGCAAGACCUACACGUGGGAUGGCGCCAACCAGUACUGCCGCAGCCUCGGCUCCGGCUGGCAGGGAAUCAGCAUCGAGACUCGAGAGGAGGACAGUCUCGUCAGCAAAGCCAUUUCAGGAGAUCUGCUACCGUGGAUUUGGACCUCGGUCACCUCAGCAGACACGGCUUGGACUGGGCUUGGGCUUCAGGUGCACAAUUCGAAUGGUCAAGCACAACCAGACAACCGCGAGCGAGGGGGCGAGAAGUGCCUGGGGGUUCUCAACAACUUCUACAACGACGGCGUCAAGUGGCACGACAUCGCCUGCCACCACGACAAGGCCAUCAUCUGCGAGCGCAAAGCCCGAGUCCACGGAUGA